AUGAAAAAAAUCUUAUCGUAUUUAAUAAUUUCCGUAUUAAUAUGUAGCCAGAGCAAAGCACAACAACCAUCAUCACAUGCAACAACGGUAGAUCCCGCAUUAAAGGAUCAAUGGUGUAGUGCCACAAUUGAAACGUGUCUUGCAAUAUGUAAAAAUAGGAAAACUGUACCAGCGUCAAAUACUUGUUCCCAAUUAAAUUUAGUAAUAAAUUGUUUAUGUUCAGAUGGUUAUCCUCCAAAUUUAGAUAAUUACGAAAAUACGGUUUCAUACUUUGUUUGUGAAUAUAAUAGACUGGCUGGUCCUUGUACAAAUACAUGUUUUUUAGUACCACCGACAGUGCCGACAGUGCCGACAGUGCUACCAUCGAAAGCACCCGCAGUUGAACCUGUACCUGUAACUCCCAAGGUACCAACGACCGACGAGUCAGAUAAAAAUUCAAAAAACAAAAAUUCUGUCGCGUUAGCGAUUGGAUUAAGUGCAUCAUUCUUAUCAGCGAUAAUAGCGAUAUCAUUGGUAAUAUGGGUUAGACGCAGACGUAAGAGAUUACAAUCAAAACCACCUAAUUAUUUCAUCCCCGCGCCUAAAAGAAAAAUCAGUAAUCGUAGUCUGUGCGACGGUCCAUCAGUGGGAAGAAGUUUAACAUCAUUAAGAGGAGGUCUAGUUAAAGAUAGUAACGGAAGUAUUGGUACAAAUUCUUCAUCAGGAUCAAUCAUGCAGUCUCAAGAAAAUAGUGAUGGAUCAGGCAUCGUUAUUACCAAAACUCAUUCUGUUAGCGUACAUCAAGACAAUGAUUAUUUUGGUUCAAACUCUUUUUCACAUUUAAGCGCCACCAACAGUAUCGCUUCGGUUGAUUAUUAUAAUAAAUUCGGUAGCGUUGAAAAUUUAACCGCUGAUCUUUCCGGAAUGGGUGGCAAGGCUAUCUAUAAACCUGGUAAUAGAAAUAGUGGUGGUAGCGGUAGUCAAAUUACUUCUAACGAUGAUAAAUCUUAUGCAUACAUAUGA